AUGGCAGCCGUCCUUGGGAGUUUGUACUCCCGAAUCGAACUUGCCAAGUCCGAACUCCCAAGCUGGACCGGUGUGAAUGAGCGCACCUUCAUUGCCGUGAAACCAGAUGGCGUGCAGCGGAGACUGGUGGGAGAAAUCAUCCGUCGCUUUGAGAAGAAAGGGUUCAAACUGGUGGGCCUCAAACUUAUGCAGGCAUCUGAGGAUCUUCUGAGGGAACACUACUGGGAGCUGAGGAGUAAGCCUUUCUUCAAGGGACUGAUGAGCUACAUGAGCUCUGGACCAAUCGUAGUGAUGGUGUGGGAGGGUUUGGAUGUGGUCAAGACUGCACGUAAGAUGUUGGGAGAGACCAACCCUGCAGACUCGCUGCCUGGAACCAUCCGAGGAGAUUACUGUGUGGAAGUGGGCAGGAACGUGAUACACGGCAGCGACUCGGUGGUGAGCGCCCAGAAGGAAAUCUCUCUGUGGUUUCGACAGAGCGAGCUUCAGUGCUGGGAGGACAGCAGCAGCAAAUGGAUCUACUGAUGGUCCACAUGUGCUGUGUGUACUCUGUCCUGUGGGUAAACCGUUGUUUUUUUUAUAUUGGUGUCAUUACAAGAUGGAUCACAUCAUACCUCAGAUAUUUUUUUGGCUUUAGUAGUUCGCAGCCACACGGGAGAAAUUUUUUUUUUCAUAAAAUAUUUUUUUUAAAUUUGUCUCAACUACAUUUCUGAAAUGACUUAUAAAAAACAAACUUGCACUAAGUGAGCAAUAAUUGAUCAGUAACUUGACAGCGUCUGCCUCUGUUACAGUUUUCAUUGCAGUCUUUGUUUAGUCCAGAACGCUAACUCAUGUUUACAGCUUUUAAGCAGUAAGAUUAGAAUUUAGAGCAAUAAACUGACAUGAAAAUAGAUGCAUUUAAUCCACCCUAAAGCUAAUUUCUAUUGAAAGUACAGGAAACUUUAUUGACCUUACAAGUAAACAUGCAUGUGCAUAUGAGAGUUUGCAAAAGGAUGUGCAUGCUCUAUAUUUGAAGUUACACAUAUCAUCAACGCACAGUUAAUUUGUUCACCAGCUCCGUUUGUUUUUGGCACUUGAAAUUAACUCCUUUCAUUAUUUAUGAUGAAAAAUCUGCCAAUAUUUCUCCUAACGUCUGCUCGACUUGAAUCAAUCUCAGUCGACUGAGGAGUCUCAGACUGAUGAUUUGAAUCUCUGACCUUUACAGGGCAGCUCUAGAUAACACUGCAUGAGCUGUGUGAGAGUUUGUAAAUGGUUUAGAUAUAGUUUUCCUGUUGUUAAACGUGCCCCCCAAUAACUCCAAUUCACAAUAAAGUAAAAUAAAAGUUUUCCUAAUUAAAUCAAGGUAACUUAACCAGCACCAACAAUUAUUGUUACACAUGCAUAAUUUUCAGUUUCCUGUACCUUCAGAUUCUCUAAGGGUGUAAAACACAUCGUCACUUGGGACUACUUGAAUGUAAAGGGCAAAAGUUUCAAAAUAAAAUGCUUAACAGCUUUUGAGACGCCUAAAGCUCUAAUUUUGUAAACUUAUCAUGUCAGGCUUUGUUUCCAACUCAGAGAAACUGCACAGUAAAAUAUUAAUAUCUCCAGGAGCUGCUUUUGUCACAUUUGUGCUUUUCUAAAACCCCAUGAUGCUGUAUGAAAUGUAUGGGAACUGUCAAAAACAAUAAAUCUAAUCAGGAAAUGCUUUUUUUAAA